AGAAAAUAAUAUAUCAAGUACCAUGCCCCAUGCCUCCAUCUACCUAAUUAUCCCCGCCCUUUCAGCUUUCAUCACCAAAAACAGACACUAAAAACAAAUUAAAAGAAAACUAAUCCUCCCAGUUGACCCAAACCUUUUGUCCGUAAUCCUCCUCCAACAAGCAUGAGUCGAUUAGGAUUGGAAUUGAUGAAAGGGUAGGACUUUGUGCAAGAAUUUGGCGAUAUAUAUUCUGGCUAGUUGGGUCUCCUCUCUCCAAGUUAAGUUUCUGCAUAAAGGGAGGUGAUGCUGUUGCUACAGAAUGAACAAGUCGGAGGAUCCUACUUGGUCAAUGAGCCACCGGCCUCCUCGACAUUCAUCCAUCCAUGAAAGGUCAGAAUCACAAGCAAUUCAUAUGAAUAUUGAUGAUCUGCCUGGCGUUGUAUUGGUCGAGAUCCUUUGUCGACUUCCUUGCUAUAAGCUUGUGUUCCAGUUGAAGUGUGUCUCCAAGCGUUGGUACGCUCUAAUCUCAGAUCCCUACUUCAUCGGCCGCUUUCUAUACCAUCUCCAAACUACUGCUGUGGAAGCGCCAGUGACCAUUCGUACUCUGAUAAACCGCAAAGGGGUGGAACUUUCAUGGUCACCAUCAUGCCGGUCGUCCAAUCUGCUAGCACCAGUGUUCAGAAAGCUCAUGAGUUUCCAUGGAUUGAAAGAUGAGCCAGUUGUGAAAGCAAUUUAUAACGACUUAGUUUUGUGCUGCGAAAAUGGGAUGGACUUCUACUACAUCUGCAAUCCAUACACUCUGGAAUGGGUUGCUCUUCCUCCAUCUCCGCGGUCCUAUACUUGGCCACACAAGAAAAUACCAGCAGCAAUCAUCUGUGAUGGCAACUACUAUGAUUACACGAAGGAAGGAACAGGACACAACACCAUUUUGCUUAAUGCUGAUUAUAGGUGCAAGGUUGUUAGGAUACUUCCAUUUGUAGACGAGGCGAAUCCUUAUCAAUCCUCCAAAUUUAUUGCAGAGAUUUUCUCUUCUGAAACAGGUGAGUGGAAAGAAUCGAUCAUAGCUUCCCCUGUUCCUUUGCAUUUGAACAUAAGCGAGGUUAGCUGUGCUUACAAUGGAAUGUUGUACUGGUGGGAUUGGUUUACCAACCGUCAUGUUGGGAUGGAUCCUUUUAUGAUCAACAGCAAUGGUAAUGGCGAUCAUUAUAAACUUCGUUUCAUGGAAUUUGAUGGUGAAAUAGUAAAGAGUCACCAUGAAACCAUUAACUGCUUUGGUGUGUGUCAAGGGGGUCUACGUAUGUGUUACUACGGGGAGGAAGAGGAAGAUGAUACUGACGAUACUCUAUAUGUUUGGGACUGGAGAGAAGAACAAGUUUGUGAUCAGAAUGGAGCCGGCAGCAGUGAAUUGUGUUGGAAACUGACCGGAGUUUAUUCUCUGGGAUUGAGUCUUGAUAGUGUUGGGGACUAUUUAGCUAUUGAUCCAAAUAAUGGUGACAUGUUGUAUCUUGAUGUUGAUCAUGAAAUUUGCCUGUGCAACAUUCGAACGGGAGAUGUGUCAAGGCUCGUUGAGAUGGGCAAUGUUAGUGUUGAUGGCCACUUUUUGCCAUUAGUUCUUCCAUGGUGGCCGACACCAGUUCCUAGACUACCAAAGCCGUCAUGGCUCUCAAUGUUGAUCAAGAAGUUGAGGCUUUUAGCCUACUGUUUAGUUGUGAUUUGCUCCGAGUGAUUGUAUUGCUUUUAGUAUCUAAAGUUGAGGCUUGAUAUGAAGUCGUGCAUUUUAUUCAUUCCAAACUUUCUUCAA